GGACCGGGCCCAAAAAGCGGGCUUCGUGCCGGGCUCACGGGCCUCGUGCUUUUUGGCCAUCUAUACUUCUCAGUGAGCAACAGCGGGAGGAACGUGCGUGCAGUAUGGCGGCGCUGUGGCUUAAGCUGCUGCUCGCCGUCGGGCUCCCCAUCGCGGCGCUGAUCGCGGUCGUGUUUCUGGUGUACCGGCGUAGGAGCUUGCCCCGUAAUGCGCCGCCGGCGCUGCCAGAAGUUUCCCCUACGGCCGUUGCGGAGCCGACGGCGAGCCCCGGGCUGGCGAAGCUCAACAUGAGGUACAACGCCGCCAGCGGCCGCGUGGGGCUCCGGUUCCAGCAGUUGCACCAGCACCAGCACCACGCCCGCGUCGACGCGAGGCACCGUGGCUCGGGCGGCGGCGCGCAGCAGGGCCCGUUCCAGUGGGCCGACCACCCGCGGCUGGUGACCGAGGCGGCGGAGAACGGGUGGGCGCAGUUCGUGUUCGCGGUGGCGCCGCCGCGGUCCAAGUCCAAGUCCGCGUCGUCGUCGCCGCUGUGGGGGACGUGCCCGCUCUGCGACGCCGGGACGAGCCGCGACAUGGCGGAGGCGGCAGCGUGGGAGCUGCCCAUGGGAUCGUCCGAGCGGAUGCAAGCGGUGCGGCUCGACCCGGCGGCCGCCGCCGCGUCCAGCAGGAAGUGGCUCCCCGGGAGCAACCCGAGCCCGCUCCGCGGCGACACGGACGCGGGGAACCCCAACGCGCUGUGCCUCGCCAGGAUGAGCCUUCCGCUGCCGGGCCCGCCCCUCGCCGGCGCGCCGUUCCCGCAGGACGCCUACUUCGAGAUCACCAUCAUCUACCUGAACACGAAACGGCCGGAGUGGUCCGCGUCGAGGGCGAGCAGGCGUGGGCGGGACGGCUCCAGCGAGAGCGACCGCGUCAAGCUCGUCAGUUUUGCACCUGCCGCCAAGAACCCGGUCCAAGAAAACAGAGCCGUCAAGGACGACGAACAGGAUAAACGGAGGCAUUUGGUCAUGUCGCUCGGCCUCGCCACCGCGUCCGCCGCUCCACAACGGCCGUCGCUGGUCGGAACGUACGCGUCGUCCAUCGGCUUCCAUUCCGACGGCGCGGUCUACCUUGACGGGAUGAAGCUGGUGUACGAAUCGGACAAGUCCUCGUGGGCGGGCGUGGACAAGGUUGUGGGGUGCGGCUUCGAGCCGGCGAAGCGCAAGGUGUUCUUCACGGUGGACGGGCAGCUGGUCCACGCCGUGAGCUGCAACGCGGAGGCGUUCUCGAGCCCGCUAUACCCGGUGCUGGCCUCCAGCUUCGACGUGAUGGCGCUGGUCAACCUCGGGCAGAGCAAGUUCCGGUACGCGCCGGGCAACGCGCGGCGCACGGCCAACCCGUGCUUCGUACGCGCCGCGUCCACGGUGGACGCCCGCGGCAGCGGCUCGAUGGGCCUCGACUUCGACGACAGCGGCGAGCUCUUCUCCGUGGGCCGCGUGGACUCCGGGUGGCUGGAGACGGCGAAGACGAGCAGGAGCAGGAAGGAGAGCGUCGGCGGCUCCGGCGCGGCGUCCGUCGGCGACCCGGAGGCCGAGUCCGACCUGUUCGAGAUCCCGCUACGAGACUGACGAACAGCGGAGACCGACAGGUGGCCCAUUUGUCAAACAGGAAUUAGGUGUAGUAAUGGCGAAUGGUCACGGCGAUACUGACACACAUGCUUAGGAGUUAGGGCACGCAGCUUGAUUUGGCCGCUAUUAAGUUGUUGUUCUGCUGCUGGUGAUGUAUCAUAGUCUAGCUGCUGUUAUCUAGAUGUGAAGAAGUAUUAUAUAGGUCGGUUAAAAGGAUGAAAAGCUUGUCUUAUGCAAUGAGCUUUUGGUUCGUUGUUUUCUUCUUUUAUAUUAUACCCUGGUGCGUGUCUCUUUA